UCUAUAUAUUGUUGAUUGUUGGUGUCUGUCUGCAAGUGAAAAUGGAGUCUUCAAAGAGUUAUACUCGUUGUUUUGAUGUCGGAUGCUCUUCUUCAGUUAAAGAGAACGAGCUUAGGUUUCCUCAUCCUAUUAGAUAUCCCUCUGAAAUCUUUUUGAGUAUAUGUUUCCAAUGCAAGAAGAGUCUUCAGGGAAAAGAUAUCUACAUGUACAGGAGUAUGCCAUUUUGCAACAAUGAAUGCCGUAACCAGAGGAUACGGUUGGACGAGGAGGAGAUACCCAAAUUGAAAACCAAGACAUAGAAAGCGAAGAAUUGAAAGACUGAGAUAUUUUGUCCACAUUUUAUGUUUUUUUGAAGGUUUUGUAUUUUUUGAUGGGGAUGAUAAUUAUAUGACUCGAGCUUACACUACUAUUUUUGAUAAAAAUA